CAUAAUUAUGAUAAAGCAGCUAGCUCUCUGGGUACAGGCAGUGGGAGACUUGAGGCAUGAUUCAGACGAUUGACGCAGUUGCAUUCACAACUCAGUUUUCGCACACAGCGGAUCUGUGAAAUAUGCUAAUGAAGCUGACUCGCCAACGACACACCAUAGGACCACACUAUCGUAGGCUCAGACACGUCACUGAAAUGGUCACGAUACGCCUGCGUUUUUGCAGCCCACCCCCUUCCACAAACGGUCCCUGUCACUGACUUUGCAGAUAGAUCCGGUCAGUGUCCUCUGUCACAGAUCAAUCGCCGAGCAUGCGCUGUGUGACUCUGAUGCACAACUGAAAUGAAAACCGCUCAACUGCGCAAAUAUUGGCAUUGCGUCCACCUCUGAAUCAGAUCUGUGGUUACUAUGAUAAAAGCGUUUGAACAUAAAUGGGUAUUUUAUUGGAAAUGAUGGUGUUUUAACUGAAUAUUUCAUAUAUGCACUGAUCAUUGGAGUUACAGUCUAAGGGAAAAUGCAGGCACAUGCAGGUUUAAUGUGACUAAAAGGCAAAAACAGGUUGGUUGUGCCUUUGAAAUGAUUGCUACUUUAAGACAUCGGAGAGACUCGCUGGGAACUCGCCAGUGUCUGUAUCGCUCAGGCUGUUACAUUUCCCCUUAAAUUUGCAAACAGCACUAACGGGUAAUCCUUAAUUAACAUUCAGAAAGGUCCUGCAACUAACUAUUAGGCUUAAUUUGAUUCCAGGCCAAAAAUGGACAAGAACGUCUUCAUGGCAGGAUAGCUGGCACAGAGCUAAUAUUUUAUAAUUUUUUGAGCAUGGAAACUCAACCUAACGUGAUAACUGUGAUACAAUUCUAACACCUAGUAAUAUGUAAUACACAUGUAUGUAAAAAGGCUAUAAAUCAUUUGUAGUGCAAAAUCUCUGUGUUACGUAUAGUGAAUGCAAGGUACAGGUCACAUGACCCACCUCUAAUCCCUUUAAACUCUUUACUGUAGCUCAGAACAAGUUGAUGUUAUUAGAUUACUGUUAAUCCCCUGUUUGCUCUACUGCUCUGAACAACGCUCAAUCCCAGGAAGCCACUGACAGUCCAGCUAAGACCAUCUUAUGUCUCACAGCACCGGAGCCAAGACAUGCAGCACCCCAGAAAGAGACGUGGCCAAAAGCCACACUGGGGCAAGGAGCAAAGCUGGAGGAGAGGCUGGUGGCAAGAAAGGAACAGCAGUAGGCCACGAAGGAGACCGCAAGAGCCUGGGGGGAGGAAGCCAUGAGAGAAAGAGCCAUCACCAUGGUCAUGAUGAAGGACACUACUCCAGUGGCAAAGGGCACAAUAAGGGUAAAAGGGUGAGCGACACCCAGAGUAUCACAACCAAGACUUACUCUCCUUUCCUAAAUGCACUUUUCAGCAAGGAGAGAGAUUUGGCCCCAGAAGAAAUGGACGAACUACAUGCUGCCUUUUUGGAGUUCGAUGCUGAUCAAGAUGGAUUUAUUGGCUAUAAAGAGCUUGGCGAGUGCAUGAGGACAAUGGGGUACAUGCCAACUGAGAUGGAAUUGAUUGAGAUCUCCCAGCAUAUAAAAAUGAGAAUGGGUGGCCGUGUGGACUUUGAAGAUUUUGUGGAACUGAUUGGACCAAAGAUGCUGGCGGAAACAGAAAAUAUGGUGGGAGUAAGAGAGCUGAAGAUUGCAUUCAGAGAAUUCGAUGUGAAUGGAGAUGGCCACAUUAGUGGACUGGAGCUGCGAGAUGCUGCCCAGAGUUUCUUAGGAGAACCACUGAAUCCCAGUGAAGUUCAGGAGAUUAUUCAUGAUGUAGACCUCAAUGGAGAUGGAAGAGUUGACUUUGAUGAGUUUGUCAUGAUGCUGUCAUCUAGAUAACGUUUGCUGUUGCGAUGGGAAACUCCUGUAAACUGGUCACAUUCCUCUUCCACAGUGACUGAUUUUGGUUUGUGUACAACAAUUAAAGUGCAUACAAUUUUUUUUUGUUGUAAAAUGUUUCCGUUUAGUUAUCAAUGUAUUAAACAGUUACAAUAUAAAAUAGGUAAUUAAAUUAAAAAGGCAAAAUCCUGUGACUGUCUUAAAAACAUUGGUCACAGAAAUAUUGGCUACAUAGGUGAAAAAAGUCACUGUAGGGUAAGAUCCUGAGAGAGGCAACAUUCACAGAGCAAGGCACUGCCCCAUAGUGGUCCAUUUCCAUCUCAGUCUGAGCCUUUAGUGGUUUCCAUAGUGUUGUAAUAUUCAGUGUGUUAAAAAGUCAGAAGUUCCUGUAGUUGGGUCACUUGUCAAAAUAUGGGAGGUAGAAGAACUGGAAACCAUGUUUUCCUUUCACAGCACAAUAUAUAAAUAUUACAUGAUACACUGCAAAUAGAUGGAAGAGAAGAAACAUUAGCGGAAACACAAAGUCUUUGGUGCUGUGUUCACAACCGUGGCAAUAUCGUUUUUAUUGCCCACAGUCACAGCGAUCAUUAGAAAGCCUAUCUGGCUAUGCUGUACUUUGAUAUGCCCUUCUACUGUAACUAUUACCAGCAGUGUAGCACCAAAGGAGGGGCCAUUCCUAGUACAGAGGUGAGAGUGUGGUUAUCCAUACAAAGCUGUUUGUAAGACAGGUGCAAAAAACAAGACAAUGCCUUACCCCCUGGAAUCAGCAAAAGAAGUCCAGGUACAAAGAAGAUGGCACUGGAAACAGCUGGGGAGAAAGGGGAACAUCACCACUGGUCAGUCAUGCUGACAUGGUGUGACUAAGUUUAUGGUGUGUGUGUACUACUAUAGUGAAGGCUGAUACGCACCUGGUGAUGGGCUGACUUGUAGCCCCACACCAACAAACACGAACACUGUUGAACACAAGAGAAAGAAUUAGAGUCAGUUAUCCAAGCAGGGGAAGUUGAAGGAGAGUGUCUGGAGAAUACAGGAUGGCGGGAGCAGUACUUACCCAAGCCUAAAAGCAGCAGCAGAAAAGACGACAGAACAACUUUCUUAUUUUUCUGUACAAGAGGAUGUCUAAUCCAGCUGAGAACACAAUGAGGCAAGGGAGGGCAUUGUAAGUGGGGGUCAAUGAAAAAUUGGUGCGGUAAACAUUAAUAGGUAGCUUGUAAUGUAUGCAGUUGUUCAUUAAAAGAAUCACAACCACA